UAGAGUCUCCGCCAUUCAGAACCGAGUAUUCCUCAACCUGGAAAGGCGCGGCGACACUGUACCCCCCCUUCUCAUUGGACAACUUCAACCUGUCCCAGCCAUCCGAAUAUCAGGGCAAUGUGCCCCACGCCUUCCGUUUAAGGUGCAGCCCGGUCCGAGAUCCUAAUAAUCGUCAAAGUCCUACCGUCUCCCACGCGUGAAAGGCUGACAGCCAUAUCCAGUGAUAUACCUAGCCAUAAAUCAACUCGUGUAUGUGCCGGGCGCGAUGGCGUCUAGCGACCCGGCGCUGAGGCACGCUGGACAGCCAUUUGUCACGCCGGCUUCCCGCGUGCCGCCCUCAAGGCGUACAAACUAUAUCGAGCGGUUUCGGGGGCAGGAGGGUCGACAAGGAAUGCCUCAUUUGCGAAAUGUGCUGGCAAGGUCGCGCAAUAGGCUCAGCGGCCAUUACACCCUUCUGUCGUUUCGCACCCCCCCUCAAGCAGGAAACCCAGGUGUCCAGUUGGCCGUCGUCGAGUGGAACGAAGACGAUCCUCCUCACAGUCUGUCAUCAUUGAUCUCUGGGGCAGGGGACCGCCCUGAUGCGGAACAUGAUCCGCCAUCCCACGCUAUCUUUGUCAGUGAUCUCUCCGAGAGGCUGAUUAACACGUUGGGCACAACCAUGCAUCUCAAUCCCGAGACUUUUGAAGAACAUCUCAUCCGGUCCGGGUACACGGCAACUUCGUAUGGGGACCGGGAUCCUAGCACAUGGCCUACGCGGUUUCUUCCUAAACAGCAUGUGUCACUACGUUGGUACAGCCCGGUUCAUCGAAGGGAUAUGAGACCCCGAAACCAGUCCGAGUUCAAGGAUCUCGUUCGGGGCGGCUUGUGGUGGUCGAGUCAAGUCGAGGUAUUCGAGAGCCCCGAACCUGGUAAUCUCACUGGCAGAACAAGGCUAGAAUGGAGGAGCCAUCAUCUUACUCCUCUCACCAACAUAUUCCGCCAAGAGUGGUCUCUCUCAGUCUCGACCAUGAACCGUCCACCAAACCCGAAGGCAAACGGAAAGUCAGAUGGUCUUUCCGAUACCGACGAAGAUGAUGAUGACGAUUCUGUAAAAGAGGAUCUUGACAUCGUCGCAUGGGAAGAACGGGUCACUUUCUGCUGGGGACAGUUCAAGCAAAGACAAAUUCCCAUUUUCUUCUUUGAUCCGCUUCCCCGCCUGUCACUUGGUUCCUCAUCCGAAGCGACAGCAUGGAGACAAACAGAAGAGACUCUACUACCGUUCACAAAGCGGCUGGCGCCCCGAGGACCCCCGCCCGCCAGGCAACUUGAUAAUGACCCGGCAGGGCUAGAGGCCCUAAAGAAAUACGCGUCCUCGAUAGACGAAGCAUGCAUCGAUGCCACCUCGUGGCUCGAGCACUUCUCCAGAGUUGCAUCAGUCCCAGAUACUGCCAGCGCCGCCAUCAGUCUGCCACUCCUUGCUGUGUUCCAAAUCGUUCACCGAGACACGGUCAUGCUGCUUGAGCAAUUUGGACGCGUGCUGGACCAGAUCAGCACCGGAACUCUGGACGAGCGCAUGAUGCAGAACCAGCUUAGCCACUGGCGAACGCUGCUCGGGCGGAUGCAGAGCGAGCUGCCGGCGCUGCACAAGUCGUUGCGCCAGUUCUUCCUGUUCCCAUACGCCCACUCCGAUGACGGCAUAGAGCAAACAACAGUGCUUGGAGACUCGGAGCCGCCAUCACGACUUACAACCGCCCUGGAUGCUCUCCAAGCCGACAUACUGGGUAUGGAGAAGCGAUGUGAAAAGGCCCAGGAGUCCCUCCGCGCAGAGAUGUCCCUCCUUGAGAGCAAGCGCGGCAUCGAAGAGGCGGAAAGCGUGUCUCGGCUCACCGAACUGGCCUUUGUCUUCAUCCCCAUGACCUUCGCGGCCGGCCUGUUCAGCAUGCAAGUGAGAGAGCUCGCUGAGAAUCCACCCCCUGUUUAUGCCUUUGUCAUCGCAGCCCUCGUCGCCGUCGUGGCGUCGUAUGGGCUACGCCUCGUUCAACGAAGCACCCUGGUGGGCGAAACGCUUCAUAAGCUGGAGGAGCAGAUUCGGAACGACCAGCGGGUUGUGACUCGGAUUAUCCCAACGAGGAAGAUUGUCCGUUGGCUGGGGUGGAAGACGGUUACGGGCUUGGGGCUUUCCGUCGUGAAUUCAGCAAGGGGGUUUCGUUGGGUAGGGCAGAAGCUGGCCGACAAUUUGAAGCUUGUGAGGGUGAUGUGUAGCAUUGCAGCUUUGGCUCUAAUCAUCGCCCCGUUAUGGACCAGGGCCUCCAUGGAUAUGAGCUUCAAGGGGACAAUCACCGUGCUGGCCCUGCUGUCUAUCCUGCUGAUUUUGUUUCUGCUGAGGAGCAGUGACAAAGACGAAGGAAAUAUCCUGCCGACCGGCUUGGGUCGCUUCUGGCGGAACCCUUCUGGGAGUUAUGUCUCGGGUAGCGUUACUAGUAGUUCUAUGGGUGGUAGUGGCCUUGGCUCGGACGAGCAUGAUGGAAGGUCCGGCCAGCAAGGGCCCAGCUCCAGAGUAGAUAGCAACGUAUGAACUGGGUCUGUACCUACUCUGUAUUUGUAGAGCCAG